GUCUGCCGUUGGGAAGGUGCUGGACACUGGCAAGGCGGCUUUGAAUGCUGUCAGGAAGAAGCGAGAUGAAGCACCAACGAAAUCGGAAACAAGGGAACAGAGAGGUGACGUGUACAGGAGACCAGGUGGAGGCUUGUUUGAAGGACUGGUUGGGAGGGCUGUGGGUGGAUUGUUGGGAGGCGCACUAGGGGCUGUGAGGGACCAGAUUCAAGAGAGCCAGAAAGAGGCAAGGUCCGUUUAUCAAACAGCUUCAUCACAAGUUAUGAACAACGAAGAAAUAAGGCGGAGAAUCUGGAAUGCCUGGAACAAGGCUUAG